AUGGAGGCUGACGAGCCCACCGGGUUUGUCGACGAAGGCUAUGCCAGCACUUCGGCAAAUACUAGCUAUGUGACAAGUAUAGCGACGGAGAUCCGUGAAGGGAUUGAAGAGUACGGUCGACGGUGGGCGUCUUACGGGAGGCACUUCUACGGUCUUCCCAUCGACAACGAGGAACAACAGCGUAAUGACUUGCAACAUUACAAGUUCUUCCUUCUCUAUGAAGGGCGCCUCCACCUCGCUCCCAUUUGCCCUGAUCCUCAGAAUAUCCUUGACCUGGGCACUGGAAGCGGGAUCUGGGCCAUCGAGACUGCUGACCUUUAUCCCACGGCACGAGUCGUUGGCGUUGAUAUUGCGGCAGUGCAGGACACCUGGAUGCCGCCAAACUGUCACUUCGAGAUUCUGGAUGUCGAAACAGACUGGGACUUUCGUAGGGACACGUUCGAUUUGAUCCACGCCAGGGAAUUUCUCUUUGCCAUCAGGGACUGGCCGACACUCAUCUCGCAAGCAUAUGAAAGCCUGAGACCGGGUGGGUAUUUCGAGCUUGCCGUCACGGUCCCCGAGGUCGGCUGUGAUGACGGCAGCUGUCCGCCAGAUUCAACCUACACUGAAAUGAGCAAGCUCUUCUUCAAGAUCGCAAAGGCAAUGGGCAUUGACGGCAACGCCGGUAAAUUGUGGCGACAACAACUGCUAGACCGUGGGUUCGAGGAUGUCCAGCAGACCGUCUUCAAAAUCCCGACGAAUCGCUGGCCGAAAGACAAAAGGCUGAAAACAAUUGGGGCGCUCGAGGUCCAGAACUUCUUUCAAUACGCGCAAGCCGGGUUUGAGAGAGGUGCUGUUGCCCUUCUUGGAAUGGAUUCAGCUGAGCUUCAGGUCAUGCUCGCCCGCACGAGGAAGGAAAUCUUGGACCGCAACAUCCACACCUAUGUGCACUUGUAA